UUCUCUGACAGGCAUAUGGCUUUUGGCUUCUUCGAGACCAGUGCAAAAACAGGGGAGAACGUCUACUCUGCCUUCCACACCCUGGCCUUCAACAUCACGGAUAUAUGUGAUCCCAAACUGAUGAAAUCCUACCACCCUUACCUCCUCCGACCUGUAUCGCUGGGUGUGCCCCGUGUCUCCAGCCCCAGCACACAGAGGAAAUCCAAGCUCCAAGCAAGAACCAAGACCAAGCGGACAAGGAAGCUUGCCACACACAAAGAUGGCGCCGUUGCCAUGGACGCUCGCGAGCUGAGAGUGGUGUAUGCAAAAGACGAAACCGCGCUGGGUUCUUUACACGGAACAAAUUUUUCCAGGGGAGGGGCGGGAGGGAGCGAAAGGAAAAGUGAUAGACAGAAGGAGGAGAGAGGGGAGUGGGGUUGUGUGCUUCUGUGGUGUUGUUCUGGCAAGAAGCGCAAACAUCGUCUAUAG